GUUUUAUACCUCAUGCGUAAAUCUCAACAUCUAUACGCGACCGCGUCUUGAUGUUUACCUUCCAGGUGCAAGACCAGAUGAUAUAAAACGAAUACAUUUCCUUGAGCCCAAUCUUUCCUAAUACAUUAAAACAUCACACCAAAAUGGCACCACCAAAAGCAGAAAAGAAACCAGCCUCUAAGGCCCCAGCUGAGAAAAAGCCAGCUGCUAAGAAGACUGCUUCUUCUUCCACCGACUCCAAGAAGAGAACCAAGACCAGAAAGGAGACUUACUCUUCUUACAUUUACAAAGUUUUAAAACAAACUCACCCAGACACCGGUAUUUCCCAAAAGGCAAUGUCUAUCAUGAACUCUUUCGUCAACGAUAUUUUCGAGAGAAUUGCUGGUGAAGCCUCUAAGUUGGCCGCAUACAACAAGAAGUCCACCAUUUCUGCUAGAGAAAUCCAAACUGCUGUCAGAUUGAUUUUACCAGGUGAAUUAGCUAAGCAUGCAGUUUCCGAAGGUACGAGAGCUGUUACCAAGUAUUCUUCUGCUUCCAACUAAUCAUUUCCAGGUUGAUCUGCAGUACUUAAUUUUAGUUUAUUCAUGUGUAUUAUUAAAUCUACUUUCUUUACGUUAAAAC